GGCCACGAAAAUACACCUAACAAAUCGGUUUCUCGUUAGUUUGGGAUUACGGGACCGUGGAACCCCACAUUCGGAAUGACACAAGAACAUUAACAAUUUUUAAAUGAUACCAAAUUUAUAAUUUAAUCCUUCUUUCUAAGCUAAUUAGUUUUUACUUUUUUGGUGAUACAUAAGGACAUAAAAUCCAAAGAUAGUACACCUAACAAUUACUUUAUUCUUCUUCUUUUUUUUUUUUUAGAAUUAACAAUUACUUUAUUCGUUGAAGAUUAUUUUGUUUAGUACUGCUGACAUCCUGGUUAACGAUUAACUUUCAUUCUUCAUAAACCCAGUUCUGCACCUUCUGGCAUUCCCAGUUCUGUCUUCUCACAAAAACGAGAAAAAAAAAAAAAAUCACCUGGUGAUGGCGGUGGAUGGAAAAGACACCCAGAAGCCACACGUAGCGGUGCUAUCGAGUCCGGGCAUGGGUCACGUGACCCCUCUCCUCGAGCUAGCCAAACGGCUGGUCGUCGACCUCGGCUUCCAGGUCAGCUUCCUUGCAAUCACCACCGAUGCACCACCCGCGCAGCUUCAGCUGCUCAACAACAACCCCACCCUCCCUUCCGAUCUCCACGUCAUCCACCUCCCUCAUGUUGAUAUGUCAAGCAACGACAGCAUAGCAAUUCGGAUCCUUCAAAUUGUCCGAGAGAGCCUUCGUUUACUGCCCUCGGUGCUAACCAACUUAAACUCACACAAACCGCCGCCAAAGGCUCUAAUCGUCGAUCCGUUUUGUGCCGAAGCCCUUGAGACCGCCAGCGACCACUCUAUCCCAACGUAUCUUUUCUUGACCGCCUCCGCUUCAUUUCUGGCGUUGACCAUUUACUUCCCUACGCUUCAUGCAGAGGUCAAAGGAGAUUAUGGUAAAAUCAAAGAGAGGGUUUUUCUUCCAGGUUGCAUGCCCUUGUGGGUUGACGAUCUUCUCCCUGAUGUUCUGGUACCAGAAGUCUUGCCUCUAUGCAACCGGUUCCCACUCGUCAAGGGCAUUUUCGUGAACACAUGGGAAGAACUCGAGCCGGUACCGCUUUGCGCAUUUAAAAACCACCCUUUCUUUGUCAAUCUGCCGAUGCCGACGGUUCAUCCCAUCGGACCCCUAACCAAAGACAAAGAGGUUGACGUGGAAUCGGAGUUGCUGACGUGGCUGGACAAGCAGCCGUGUGACUCGGUUGUUUACUUGUCGUUCGGCAGCGGAGGGACGCUGUCGGCGGAGCAGAUGGUGGAGUUGGCUCAUGGGUUGGAGCUGAGUGGAAAACGAUUCCUCUGGGUGGCGAGACCUCCCGGAGCGGAUGGUGCUUCGGGAAGCUUCUUCGAAGUUGGUGGUGAUGUUUCCCUUACGGCGUCGUAUUUGCCGGAUGGGUUUCUGGAGAGGACACGAGGGGCGGGGCUGGUGACGGCGACGUGGGCCCCGCAAGUGGCGGUGUUGAGCCACCCCUCGGUGUGUGGGUUUGUGACGCACUGCGGGUGGAACUCUGUGAUGGAGAGCGUGGUGCACGGGGUGGAGAUGGUGGCGUGGCCGCUUUACGCGGAGCAGAAGAUGAAUGCGAGGGCGUUGGUGGAGAUGGGAGUGGCGGUGAGGCCGGAGGCGGGAGAGGAGGGAGUUGUGGGGAGGGCGGAGGUGGAGAGGGUGGUGAGGUUGGUGGUGGAAGGCGAGGAAGGGAAGGAGAUGAGGGGGAGGGUGAGAAAGAUGCAGCAGAGUGCGGUGGAGGCUUUGGGUGGUGGUGGGUCAUCUGGCGGGUGUCUAAGUCGCUUGGGGAAGGAGUGGAGGGAUGGAAGUACAGGUUGAUGGAAUGUGGGAUUUCGCCUAUUAAUUAAGGGCAAUGAUAUAGGGCCUCAAUGAGGCCUAAGAUUUGUGGCCUCAAAUCCUAGGUGUCAUGCCAUUGUGCAGGAGAAAUUAGUUGAGGUCGGGCGUACAUGGAGUCGAGGCAUAGUCAACAGUAUGGCUUCCGCAAUUGCCUUGAAUUAGGUUUUCCUCAUUUACCUUUCUAUUAGAAUUGCUCUGAUUACCUGCGGAAUUAAGGUUAUUAAGUUGAGAUUUGUGUGUUGUGAAUUUGGUUGAUGUUGUUUGGGGGAGCAGGGUGGCUCCAGGAGAAUAAGGAUGGAUGAUUUAGAAGUGUAAAUUUUCUUUCUACAGGUUUUGGGUUGUCCACUUUAGGGGAAGUUCUGCCUAAUUUUCGGUUGAAUUUUCGGUAGAAUUUCUUCUACGGUGGGCCCCGCAGGUCCACUUCGGAUUUCAGGGUGAAAUUCGGGGCGGGUCCUGUCAAUAAGAUUGUCUUUUUCACAAGAAUUACAUGUCAUGAUUUGACAAAUUAGUGAUGUGUGUAGGUGAUAUGGCAUGACACCUAAGAUUGAGGCCACAAAUCUUAGGCCUCAUUGAGGCCACAAAUCAUUUUCCAUUAAUUAAUUACUGUAGCUUGUGAUUUAUGAACAGCAUAUGCCUUCGUAAUGUUUCAUUUCAUGUUUGUUUUGAAUGAUGACGACAAUAUUUCCGGGGCUUUGUGAAAUGUUAAUAAUAGCUACAAUUCCAAGAUUUUGGGCUGAAAACUAGUAUGUAAUAAGUGAAGAAUUAUUAUUAUACAUGCAUACAUUUAAAACUCGUGGACUGUUCAUUCAACCGUUCAUUUAACAGUAAA